UUUCACCACCCCUUAACUCUGUUUGGGAUCGCUUACACAACCAAGGUAGCCAUCCCUCUGCCUCUGAGGAGAAUGCUUCCCAUCUCUCAAUUUCUGAGAUGUUCUCCCUGCGUUUCUCGGAAGACCAUGUUUCUUAUGAAGCCUUUGUGUGUUCUUCUAGUUACUUGUGUCCUUCACCGCAGCCGCGCCUGGUCAGUGAACAAUUUUCUGAUGACCGGUCCAAAGGCUUACCUGGUCUACUCCAGCAGCGUGGCAGCUGGCGCCCAGAGCGGUAUUGAAGAAUGUAAAUACCAGUUUGCUUGGGACCGUUGGAAUUGUCCUGAGAGAGCUCUACAGCUGUCCAGCCAUGGUGGACUUCGAAGCGCUAACAGGGAGACAGCGUUCGUACAUGCCAUCAGUUCUGCUGGAGUUAUGUACACCCUGACUAGAAACUGCAGCCUUGGAGAUUUUGACAACUGUGGCUGCGAUGACUCCCGAAACGGACAACUGGGAGGUCAAGGCUGGCUCUGGGGAGGCUGCAGUGACAACGUAGGCUUCGGAGAGGCAAUUUCCAAGCAGUUUGUGGAUGCCCUAGAGACAGGACAGGAUGCCCGGGCAGCCAUGAAUCUGCACAACAAUGAGGCUGGCCGCAAGGCGGUCAAGGGCACCAUGAAACGCACGUGUAAGUGCCACGGCGUGUCCGGCAGCUGCACCACGCAGACCUGCUGGUUGCAGCUGCCAGAGUUCCGGGAGGUGGGUGCGCACUUGAAGGAGAAGUACCACGCGGCGCUCAAGGUGGACCUGCUGCAGGGCGCGGGCAACAGCGCGGCGGGCCGCGGCGCCAUCGCCGACACCUUCCGCUCUAUCUCCACACGGGAGCUGGUGCAUCUGGAGGACUCCCCAGACUACUGCCUGGAGAACAAGACCCUGGGGCUGCUGGGCACCGAGGGCCGAGAGUGUCUGCGGCGCGGCCGAGCCCUGGGCCGCUGGGAGCGCCGCAGCUGCCGCCGGCUGUGCGGGGACUGCGGGCUAGCGGUGGAGGAGCGGCGCGCCGAAACAGUGUCCAGCUGCAACUGCAAAUUUCACUGGUGCUGCGCGGUCCGCUGCGAGCAGUGCCGCCGGCGGGUCACCAAGUACUUCUGCAGCCGCGCCGAGCGGCCGCCGAGAGGCGCUGCGCACAAACCCGGGAAGAACCCCUAAGGGUAUCCCCUCCACCUCCAUCCCUGUUCGUCCUCGGCUUCGUUUAGAGACCCCGGAAAUAGAGGAACCUAGAAUGGGGGACCUCGCACUCCCUAGCCCAGAGAUCCUGACAGGGGGAGGCCACAGUCUCUCUACCGAGUGACACUUCGGAUUCAUCCACAUGGUCUUUGUAGCUCACUGGUAGGUCUCAAAACUGCUAUAAAAUUCUGCAAGUUGUUCCUGAGAAAAGGACAAAAGCAGGCGAGUCUCCUCACCCCACCCUACUUCGGCCCCCAAUGGUCGCCCAAUGCUGGACCUAGCUUGUCAGGCCUAGGAAGAGCCCCUCUCAAAUAUGCAGGGUUCAGGGAAAGGUCCUUCUCUUACUCCCCACAGCUUUGCCUCCCUCCUGCGAGUCAGAGACUCUAGGCCUAGACUCCCCGCUGUUGAUCAUUCAAGAAUCUUACACAUUGUCUUCUCAUUUCCCUACUAUUCCUGGAAAAAAAAAAAAAAAAAAAAAAAAAAAGCAACCAAACAAAACCAGAAAGAAAGCAAAAAGGAAGAAGUAUGCCUUUGAAUAUGGGGUAAGAGGGAACCCCAAAGCCCAACCUGCACACCAAAUGUUAUUCUUCUGUGACAUCAUGUUGCUGACAGACUUCAGCUGAGCAGUGACCUUCCUAAACACCAAAGAUACUCUAGACACACCCAAGGGGUCUAGGCGUGGUAGAGGCCCACAGUGGGCAGGUUGGCAAUCAUUUUCUGCUCAC